AUGGUCACUAAUAACGUUGCUUCAUCGUGUUUAAAUUUAAAUAGUGAUAAUUAUGAUAAACAAAGUGAUGAAAAUGUAUCAUUUUUAGUGCCUCAAACUCAAGAAAAUAUAUUAGCGGAAGUUUUACUACCUCAAUUAAUUCCUAACGUUGAAUUACAAAGUUCAAGUGAAUCAGUUAUUAAUGAUGUGAAUCCCCUUCAAUCAAAUGGGAGAAAAAAAAGGAGGAAAAGAGUCAACUAUACAAUUAGAAAGAGACAAUUGCGACAAGCCACUUUAAAUUACACUCAUCGUAAUCCUGAUGUACAUAGAAAGGCGACAAAAAAAUACGCUUCUAAUAACCCUCAUGUUAGUCGUGCAGCUACAACUAAGUACAACGAGAAACGAUUACAAAUUAAAUUAAUGUCUUGGACUUUGAAAGCUUUAUCUGGCCUUAGUUACGAACCGAGUAUUGACUAUCAAAAUGAUAAAAUUGUAAAUCUUGGGCAUCGAUUACCCUGUUCUUGGUGUCGUGCUUUGAAAUGGAAGGAUGAGGCUGAAGGAAUGUGCUGUAGUGGUGGUAAAGUUCAGCUCCCUACUCUUCAACGCUACCCAGAGCCUUUACAUAGUCUUUUAACUCAUCAGCACCCAAUCUCAGAACAUUUUCUUUCUUCUCUUCGAAAGUAUAAUGGGUGCUUUCAAAUGACGUCUUUUGGAUCAAAAGAGGUAAAGGAGGGUAGUUUUAUGACAACAUUUAAAGUGCAGGGACAAGUCUACCAUAGGAUAGGAAGCCUUAUGGUAGAAAAUAAUCAACAACCAUCAUUUCUCCAAAUAUACUUUGUUGGUGAUGAUAAUCGUGAAAGAGAAAUUCGUUGUGGGAUCUGUCCUAGUAUUAAGCCAGAGUUAAUUCACCAACUUCAAAAUUUGCUUCAUGAACACCAUCAAUACAUUAAAGAUUUUAAGGUUGCUAUUGAAUCAGUUCCUAAGAAUCAGAAAGAGUUUCAGGUUAUAGUUAAUGCUGAUAAAAAGCCUCCGGGUGAACAUCGAGGUCGUUUCAAUGCUCAAAUGGCUAAAGAAGUAGCAGUUAUCAUCGUUGGACAAAAUUUUGGAAAGAGAGAUAUCAUCCUGAACAGCAGAGACGAUAAGUUCGCGCGUAUGUUCUGUCGUGGAGAAGAUGGCUAUCACAUUAAUAUUCCUAAGCGUGAUGGAAAAACUAAGCGUCCUCUAAAUAAGACCGUGUCAGCUUCUGAGUUUUACAGUUAUAGAAUAAUGGAGCGUAAUGGAGAAGAAAAUCAUUUACUUUUAUUUCGCACUCUAUUAAAUCAAUUUUUGGUUGAUAUGUAUGCGAAAAUUGAAACUGAACGACUUAAUUGGAUUCGUAACCAUCAAACAAACUUACGAAGUGAAGAAUACGUUCACCUUAAAGACGCUUUAACGAAAACCGACGGUCAGAUAACAGAAAUAGGUAAAAUGGUUGUGCUGCCAUCUUCUUUUACUGGUGGGCCACGAUACAUGCAUGAACGAACUCAAGAUGAUAUGACUUAUGUACGUCAUUUCGGACGUCCAGACUUUUUUAUUACGUUCACUUGCAAUCCAAAAUGGAAAGAAAUUGAAGAGCUUUUAGUUCAAGGCCAAAAAUAUCACGAUAGACAUGACUUAAUAGUAAGAAUUUUUUACGUGAAAAUUAAGCAUAUGAUGAAUCUUCUGACAAAAGGUUGCAUUUUUGUCAAAACGAAGUGUCAUAUGUAUACUGUGGAAUGGCAGAAACGUAGACUUCCUCACAUUCAUAUCCUUCUGUGGUUAGAAGAAAAGCUGAGACCAGAAUCUAUUGAUAAGGUAAUUAGUGCUGAACUGCCUAAUCAAGAUCAAGAUCAAGAACUGUAUGAAAAAAUAAAAACAAAUAUGAUUCACGGUCCAUGUGGUUCUUUUAAUAGAAAUUCUCCCCGUAUGGUGGAUGGUUCAUGCACGAAAAAAUAUCCAAAACAUUUUAUAAAGGAAACCCAAUUAGGAGAAGAUGGAUAUCCUAAAUAUCGUCGGCGAUCUCCUGAAGAUGGUGGAGUAACAACAAUAAUAAAUGGAAUUAAUAUAGACAAUCGAUGGGUGGUACCGUAUAACCCUGUCCUGUGUCGUACAUUCAAAGCUCAUAUAAAUGUUGAAGUUUGCAACUCAGUGAAAUCAAUUAAAUAUAUUUGUAAGUAUAUAAAUGAGGGAUCUGAUCAAGCAGCAUUCACUGUUGGAGAUCUUGAUGAAGUGACAAAGUAUGAAGCAGGACGAUACAUUAGCACUUCUGAGGCAGUUUCGCGAAUACUGAGUUUUCCUAUCCACGAGAGAUUCCCUCCAGUUAUGCAUCUUGCUGUACAUUUAGAAAAUGGUCAACGAGUUUUUUUUAAUGAAAAUAAUAUACUCAAUCAACAAUUCUAA